AUCUCGGUGUCAAUACUCGGGGAAGGCGACAAUCGCGAGAGUGAGCCGGGCAAGGUUUGGCAAGGUUGACGACAACGAAGACGACGACGAAGAAGCGGCUAUAGGCUACUCCGAACAGCAGAGAGUGCGUCCACGGUGUGACCGCACGAGGAAUCACGAUGGCGGAGGUGGCGACGAAGAAAUCGAUCAAUGUAGUAAGUAGUAAGAAGAGCGAGGUGUGCGGUGUUCAGUCUAACAACGGUUUGAUUGAUUUGGAUGAUUUAACCGCGAGUAACAACCAACUAAUCUCAUUGUGCGACGACGACGACGACGACGAUCUCGUACUCACGAACAAUACGCGUAACGAGCUCGAUAACGAGGACAAGAGCCUGCAGGAGUUGAUAGAGAGCGAGCUGGCGCUAAGGAUUUGCUCGAGCAAGAGCGACGACGACGUCACCGAAGACCUCGAGGAGCAAUCCGUCGUCACUCAACCGGAGACGAUCAAGAGGAUCGUCCUAGAUCGUCGACAGGAUCCUGUCGACAUUAAUGCGGAGUUUAUAGCCGCCGAGAGCGAGCAUUAUUCACUGAUCGAGGAACCCCAUCAAAACGGUCACGUGUCCCCGAAUGCCAAUGUCGACAUCGCGAAACCGGAACCGGUGUGUUUGCGCGACGAGAAGGAGGAAAAUGUGCUCGUUGAGCAACCGGAAGUCCAGGCCGCAUCGAUAAUUGUUCAGAAACCGUGCGACGACGAUUGGCCGACGAGUCGAGACGAACCCAUUGACAGCGAAGAGCAUCAGGCAAUCACCAAGGAUCACGUCGUGCCUGCCACAGACGUCCCGGACUCUAGUAACGUCACGAGCGAUCUCAUCGACACGUCGAUCUCCCAACCUUUGGAAACUUGUUCCGUACAUGAGAAGGAGGAACUUGCACAAAAGAUGCCGGACGACGCGAAUCUUUGUUGCACCGAUGUCAAUCAAGAAAAUGAAAUGAAUGCUCAAGACGUCGCUCAAGACACGUGCACUGAGCAAGCGUUGCUUUCGAGCAGCCAGCAGUUCUCCGACAACUUCGACGAAGCGCUCUACCAAAAUCGAGAUUCCAGUAAGCAGAAGUUUCCUUUCACGAACGAAGAAUCUUCCGCGAAUGAACAUAUCGAGAAGCUUGAGGAUUCCUCCGGACAUGUCGAGGAAAGGAUUUCGACGUCGCCGAUUUCUCAGGACAAACAGUCACCUUCCGAAAUCAUCGAAGAGGCAGACUCGAAGCUGAACGAGAAGCACGAGGAGGAUUCUUGCUGCACCAGGAAGCAAUUUGAAAAUUUUGACGACGGUAUCGUUAGCCAGUCUGAGAUCACGGAGACGGCCAGUACGCAGGAGUUCCUCGCUAUGGAGCGUCGCGUGCUGAGCGAGGAGGUCAACCAAGAAACGCCUCAGAUCGUGGCAUCGCCAGAGAUCACCGGUUCAUUGGCAACAUCGGGAUCGAUCCUCGAGAGCGAACCCAUCCCGGAGUGUCCGAAGGACAUCGCGGAGGACGCGCAGAACCCGGUGGACGAAUCCUCGAGCGAGUUGUCGGCUUCGGAUUUGACAUUCAUCGAAAAGACCGAGAUUGUGGUGUCGGACACGAGCGUGACCAUCUUCUCGGAAACGAAGCGGAUCGUCGAAUGUGCCGACGAGAAUUUGGACUCGUGGACCACGGUCGAGGAGGCUACGAAAUCAGCCAGCGUCGAGGAGGAAGGCGAGACGGAACGCAGCGAUGACGUUAACGAGGCGACGAGAGACGAUAACGAGGGGAAAGCAGACGAUUCGUUCGCGCCCCCCGCGUCCCCCCGCGCGCCCCUGGCCACACCGGACGAAACGGAGACGAGCGAUGUUUCUAACGCCUGCGAUAGCGAGAGCCGCGAGGAAACGGUGACCGCCAGUUCCACCGUGGUGACCUCCUCGAAGGUUGGAACGAAAACGAAGAAGAAGAAGAUCGAGGGCGUCGCAGGUAACGAUGCCACCUCGCCGAACCUUACGCCGCGCACAAAGAAAACCAAGAAGAGCAAGAAGAGCGAUCUCGAGAAAGAGAACAUCUCCGUGAACUGUAGCUUACGAGACGCAAGCAUGCAUACGGGUACUCGGCGAUCGCAUUCAGAGAUGAUCGAUUUCUCCGACGAGGACGAUUUAUCGAACGUCAAUGUUAAGUCACUGACACAGAACUAUGUCUCGGAGACGAGCCGUAGCGAUCAGGAGAAGUUGUCUAGAGAACGAAUCGCGACCGGCGUGUCCAUCAAGCAAUUAUGUCGCAGCUUUGGCGACAUCUCGAACAUGAGCGACGGCGAUCAGGCGGCUUUUGGGAAAACGAGCCACGCGGUGGAGAUCGAAGAGAAAGCGAGGUCGAUGGGUGACCUGAGAGUAUGCGAGCAGGGUUACACGAAAUUCACCAAAGACGCGCCCGUCUUCGCCGGGGUGUCGGUCAAGGCCCUCAGGGCUUCCUACUGUAGUUUGGCAAGCUUAACGAGCGAGGGUAAGGACAAGGAUCGUGCAUGCGAGAAGCCGAAACUCGAGAAAUCAAGCUUUAACAAAUUCGACGCUCUCACCAAGAAGACAGUUCUGCACGUACGUUCGGUCGAUGCAGGAAAAGUGCAACAGCAGCUAAAUGCCGUGGGUCAGAGCGGCGAUGCGAAUACGAAUUGUCGCAGCUGCGGCAAGGUCGUGUUUCAAAUGGAGCAGACAAAGGCCGAGGGUCUGGUCUGGCACAAGAAUUGCUUCCGGUGCGUGCAGUGCGGCAAACAGCUCAACGUGGACAAUUACGAGAGCCACGAGAGCACGCUCUACUGUAAGCCGCACUUCAAGGAGCUCUUCCAACCGAAACCGGUCGAGGAGUCCGAACAACCCGUGCGACCUCGAAAGCCGGAGCUGAUCAUACGGGAGAACGAGCCGAAAGAGUUGCCACCCGAUGUGGUCAGAGCUUCCGACAAACCCGAUCUAGGACUCGAGGAGCUCUCAAGCUUAAACGUCAAGUCGCGCUUCCAAGUCUUCGAGAAAGCUAGCGCAGAGAACGUCAAUGAAAUCGAGAGAUCGCCGUCGCAGAUCGCCGUCAAGAGAUCGCCCAGCAUCCUCAGUAAAUUGGCCAAAUUCCAAGCGAAAGGCAUGGAUAUUGGCGUGGCGGACGAAUCUCUCAAUGGCAUACCCUACGAAGAAUCGAGCGAAAGUGAAGACGACGUCGAAACCGAGGAGACCGAAGAGGUGGAAAACGAGAUCGUGAAGGCAAAACGUACCACGCGCGAACGACCGAUCAGUUUCUCAAAGAUGGACGACAUCAAGAAUCGUUGGGAAUCCACCAGUCAACAGGGAAGGCGCGAGAUUCAGCGCGAGGCUAGGAAAGAAGAAAUCGCAGGAAUCCGCUCGCGAUUGUUCAUGGGUAAACAGGGUAAGAUGAAGGAAAUGUAUCAACAGGCAGUAGCCGGAAACGACCGCGUCACGAAGAUAAAUGCGGCGGAGGAGAUCCAGCACUCGACUGCCCACGCUCGUUCCAUCAAAGAGAGAUUUGAACGGGGAGAGCCAAUCGCGACUUCAGACGACGAAAUCGACAGUAAACCGAAACCGGAGAAAGCCGACGAGGAGGUGAUCGCAGCAGGUAUGAGCAGGAAGUCGCGAUCGCUCUUUUUGGAACUGGACGCUACUGCAGCGAAAACAGGACGUCCAGUAACGCCAGUACAUCCGAAGACGCCAACCGAAAACCCACGACGUGCACGGGAUAUGGAUUCACCGGAUCGCGAGAUAUACCGCGAUCCCGAUGUCGUCAGGGCCGACGAUAGGGUGGACGAGGUGGUCCACACUGACACGGCGAGAAAGAUGCUGUCUAUCUUCCGGCAGAUGGAGGAAAACGCGUGCAAGGAGGAACUGCCGGAGGGUCCAAAACCCUUGAAGCGCUUCACACCGCCCCCCGAGGACAAAUUUGCAAAGGCGACAGCCUCGGACUCGGAGGAGGACGAGGAUGAAGAAAACGAGGAGUCCGAUGGUGACGAGAGCAACGAGGAGAAAGAUCCCAACUACGUCCGUGCUUCUGACAAAGUGGAGGAUGAAUUCUUGAAACAAGCGCAGAACGCGGCGCGCGCCAAGACCCUUCGUGCUAAGUUCGAGCACUGGGAGGAGACCGACGGCAAGGUCAACAGUCACCAUAUCGCCGAAAUCGAAAUGGCCCAGGGCACGGGUGACCAGUCCAGCAUAGAGUCUGCGAGCAGUCUGAGGGCUCGUUUCGAGUCCCUCGGCUCACAGAACAACGAAUCUCCGCGCGCAUCGAAGGUCAAAGUUAAUCGAUUUGUGGAGAUCCAGACGAGCUGCACGGACGUGUGUGAAAGCUGCCAGAAGAAGGUCUACCCCUUGGAGAAGGUCGAGACAAAUAACAAAAUCUUCCAUAAGCAAUGUUUCCGGUGUCUCCAGUGCAAUUGCAUUUUAAGGAUGGACUCCUUCACGCUGAACAACGGCAAGCUGUACUGCAUCCCGCACUUCAAGCAACUCUUCAUCACACGGGGAAACUAUGAUGAGGGCUUCGGCGUCGAUCCACACAAGAACAAAUGGGCGACGACGAAUUCCAACAGUUCCACGAGCCCAUCGCCGAUCGCGGUCUCAAACGGCGAUCUCUGAUUUUCCAAGUCUCCCGUUUUACUCUUCCCCCCUUUCUCUUGUACAUCGCUAUUGAAUUUUAGUCGGAUUCGCAAGUGGAUCUAGGCGAUCUAGGAGAUUUAAGAAGAAUUACCCCCUCUAUCUCUUCUUCUCUCUCGGAAAUACGCAGGAUAAUUAAUCGAAUAGAGAAAAAAUUUUUGUAUUUUUAUCACUUUGACAUUUUUUUUUUUUGGAAAUGAUAAGCUAGAUCCGCUUGUGGUCGGAAAAUAAUGCGAUGAUAAUUAUAAUAAAUUGUACAUUUUUUGUAUUACGUUAGGCCCGUGUGCGAAUACGCGUUAUUUGUAUAUUUAACAGUAAUCGGAAUCAAAUGGAAUAAUGUAAGAGAGACGACUCCGUGUGCGAAUCCUCAUCUUCGAGGAUCGUAAUCUUGCCGGAAAGCGCUAAAUAAAUGAAUUGAGAACAUGUAAACGAUUGCGACUUGGUCGCAAUGUCCGUCUACUCGUAAAUUGAGAACGCGAAUUUACGAUUUAAAUUAUAAAAAUCAACGAAAAUACGCGCUUCGUGUUUCAUCAACUUAAUUACGUGCGUAAUCUCCGAAGUCUAUUUUAGAAUACAUCGAACGCGUGCUGUACGUAUGUUUGUCAGUUGCCAAUGGAAAAGCGAUCCUAGAUCGAAAUGAUUCCUUGGUAUAAAAUUGUAAUGCGCUAAUAAAAGUGUCUUAUCCCCUCAA